AAGCUCAGCGGCACGCGCACAUCAUGAAUAUCGUCACUGAAUUAUUCGUGGUCACUUUUAAAAUAAUCUGGUCGUUUGUGCUGGCCGGUGGUAAAUGGUUUAUUCGUCCACGGGACAAGAGUGUAGAGGGUCAGGUGUGUGUUAUCACCGGUGCAGGAAGCGGUCUCGGGCGGUUCUUUGCAUUGGAGUUUGCCCGGAGACGAGCGAUCCUUGUUUUGUGGGACAUUAACCGACAGGCUAACGAAGAGACCGCUGAGAUAGUGCGUGAAAUUUACCGAGAAAUGAACCCCUCCGCUGGGUCUUCAGAUAGUGUUCAAGAGUUGCCUCUGUUCCAGCUGAAAGUUUACACAUAUUUUUGUGACGUUAGUAAACGCGAGAGUGUGUAUUCAACUGCAGAGAAGGUGCGCAAAGAGGUGGGCAACAUCGACCUGUUGAUCAAUAAUGCUGGAGUUGUCUCAGGACGUCAUCUUCUUGAGUGUCCAGACGAGCUUAUUGAAAGGACUAUGAUGGUCAACUGCCAUGCUCACUUCUGGACUACGAAAGCUUUUCUUCCCAAGAUGCUGGAGCGGAAUCACGGACACAUUGUAACUGUUGCUAGUUCAUUGGGCUUGUUCACUACUGCUGGUGUGGAGGACUAUUGUGCAAGCAAGUUUGGAGCCAUAGGCUUCCAUGAGUCUUUGAGCCAUGAACUGAAAGCAGCUGAUAAGGAUGGAAUAAAGAUGACGCUUGUCUGUCCUUUUUUAGUUGACACUGGCAUGUUCAAAGGCUGCAAAAUUAGGAAAGAAAUGGCUCCACUUUUCCCAGCGCUAAAGCCAGAGUACUGUGUAAAACAGGCCAUGAGAGCCAUAUUAACAGACCAAGCAAUGAUCUGCACACCACGAAUCAUGUACAUGGUCACCUUCAUGAAAACCAUUUUGCCGUUUGAUGCCAUUGUGUGCAUGUACAGAUUUAUUGGUGCGGAUAAGUGCAUGUACCCCUUUCUGGCUCAACGGAAGGAGUCCACGAACAACAAUGAAUCAAAGACUGGAAUCUAACUGGUUCUGACUGAGCAGUGCUGCUAAAAUCUGCGUAGUUCCUCUGGAACGAUGAAAGCUGUACAUUACAAGUUUUUUCGGAUGACAUUUUGCUGUCAAAUUUGAGAAUGCAAUAAUUACAAAUGUAUAACACAUUUAGCGAUUAGCCUUAAUUAUUAAAUGCUGUGUUACUGUAAUAUUGCAUAAGAAGGCCUGUCACCUAUUUAUAUGUAUUCACACUUUAUUUGUUGUGUACUGUUGCUUUCCUCGACAUUCCAUGACUUUGUCACUUUAGAGGUUUUGUCCUCCUAAUAACUACAAAAUGCACUACAUGUAUGAAAGUAUUUCUUGUUGUGGUUUUGAUUUGGAUAACACCAAUGAUUAUGACAAAAGAUUAUCAGAGAAUGCCAUAAGUGCUUAUUGUUAAAUAAACAGUCUUCCUAUAAUCAUG